AUGCCUACAUUCAAUCAAUUGAUUCGUCAUGGUAGGGGGGAUAAACGGCGCACAGACCGUACCCGAGCUUCGGAUCAAUGUCCUCAGAAGCGAGGAGUAUGCCCGCGCGUUUCGACGAGAACACCAAAAAAACCUAAUCCAGCCUCACGUAAGAUAGCAAAAGUACGGUUGAGCAAUCGGCACGAUAUCUUUGCAAUCAUUCCGGGCGAAGGUCAUAAUCCACAGGAACAUCCUAUGGUGUUGAUCAGGGGAGGUAGAGUGAAAGAUCCGCCGGGUGUGAAAUCCCAUCGUAUUCGGGGAGUCAAGGAUUCGCUGGGAAUUCCGGGUCGGAGAAGGGGCAGAUCGAAAUAUGGCGCGAAAAAGCCCAAAUCGAAUGAGAGACAGAGCUAGGUCCAUUCCUCUAUUCGCACGCGACCCCUACUCCUUUAUCUUCCUCCGAGGCCAUAGAAGAGUAGGGGCCCGCCCGGAACUAGAGUUUCCCACCCACCCGUUAUGUUCCCCAUAGAAUAGUAGGGGCCACCCAACAUAACUAUUCCCGCAGCAGAAUAAUGGCAGUGUGCAUUCAUAGGGAAUUCUAGUUGGGGGGUUAUGUUCCCCAUAGAAUAGUAGGGGCCCAUUAGAAUAGUAGGGGCCUGGCGAAUAGUAGGGGCCUCCCACCCCUUAGAAUAGUAGGGGCCCUGGCGUCUCCUCCAGCCGUUCCCACCCCUUCUCGAAUCUGUCAAUUAAUCAGCCCCAGGCCAUAGAUUUUCUAGGGGGGGCCCUUUAGAAUAGUAGGGGGCUAGAAUAACCCGAAUGCACUGAAUUAAUUAACCUGCUAGAGGUUGCCAUUAUUCUGCAGGGUGAUAAAUGCAACUAGAAUUGUCGAUUCUAGAACUAUUUUAGACGCCCCCUACAAUUCUAUGGGUCGAGUGCAAGCGUAUUAAUGAACGUCAUUAAUUGACGGCUUUAUUCUAGCCCCCUACUAUUCUCAAGGGCUUGUAAAGGGCUCCCUACAAUUCUAUGGCCCUACAAUUCUAUGGGCUGAUUCCCUUCCCCUACAAUUCGGCUGGGGGCAUAACCGGGGGGUAUGUAUCUUGCUUUCGUUAGCUUCUUCUAGCCCCUUAGAAUAGUAGGGCUAGCAAGCUAAUUAAUUACGCAUCCUAAUUUAGAACAGUAGGGUUGAUUCCCUACUAUUCUAAGGGGGCCCCAUAGAAUUGUAGGGGGCCCUUUAGAAUAGUAGGGGGCAGUCAAGCCCUACAAUUCUAUGGAGAGGUAGAUUAUGUUGUAGGGGCCCACCCUGCAUUUAUCAACGUGUGUGGGGAUGGGUGGGGGGUUCUAUUGCCUCCCACCCUUUCCAAUUAAUCCACCCAUCCCCCCCUCCGGUUAAGUCCGUAACCUGAACGAUAUUGACGGUGAGGGUGGGUGGGAACUAUAGUGGAGGUAGAUGCCGUUGUUAUUGUGGGGGGGAACUAUUAUUGUUCUCCGUGUGUGGGGUUGGAACUAGAAUUCCCUACCCACCCAUGGGCCCACCCCUUCAGCUAAGCUAUUAGUAAUUAUUUCUUAAUAUAAGCUGGGAAUUGAGCGAACCCCUUCACAAUCCCAGCCGGGGGGGGACCACUAGCAAAAGACGUUGCCUGCAUUAAGAUCUAAAACUCGUCGUCUACUUCCGGGAAAUGUUCGGAACAAGAGACUGACGAGGAUACAACGCCGCAUCCUCCGAAGAUUGAAGAGCAA